GGAAAAUGUAGUUCGCCCAAAAAAUAAACAAUGAAGAAAAUGAAACACAUGAGAAAGGAAAGGGAAACAAAGGCGAGGCUGAAAAGUCCUUCGAUUAAGAAAUACGGUCUGAAAUAUUCAAAGAAGUCUCAUGCAGUCGGAUCUAUACUCCUCCUUUCGUCGUCUUUACGAUUGGAUUAAUUGCUAAGCACUAUGUAUUCAAUGAUGUGAAAAAAGGGUCGAUCGGCGUUUGAUGAACAGACAACAUUCAGAGGAUCAUGUUCUGCUGCGACCAUGAUGCAGCCCAAGACCUUAAACCUAGCUCCAGCGCCAUGGCCGCCGGGAUUUAACUUCUUUCCCAACUUCCGGCCACCCCAAAAAACCCUCACUUUCCACCAAUUUCUGGUCCUUCUCCUCACCUUCACCGCUUACUCCGCCUUCCACGCUUCUCGUAAACCUCCGAGUAUUGUGAAAUCCGUACUGGGCCCGGAAAUCCUGGUCUUGAACACCACCAUUCAUGCUUCGGAUGCAGGAUCUAACUCUAAUGUAUCCCAAUCCAGCAAAAACCCAGUUGAUGAUACUGCCGUUGGAUGGGCUCCGUUCAACGGCCAGCGUGGGCCGCAUCGCCUUGGGGAGUUGGACCUUGCAUUCUUGUUGGCGUAUUCAAUUGGGAUGUAUUUUGCUGGGCAUAUUGGUGAUAGCUUUGAUUUGAGGAUUUUCUUGACUAUAGGGAUGGUGGGCAGUGGGUUUCUUGUAAUCUUUUUUGGUUUAGGGUACUUUCUUGAUGUUCAUUCUUUCAGUUUUUAUGUUAUAGUUCAGAUUCUAUGUGGGUUAUUUCAGUCAAUUGGUUGGCCUUGCGUGGUGGCAGUGGUGGGAAAUUGGUUUGAGAAGUCAAAAAGAGGAUUGAUAAUGGGAAUCUGGAAUUCUCAUGCUUCAGUAGGUAAUAUAAUUGGCUCUAUAGUGGCUUCAUCAGUCCUGGGAUUUGGGUGGGGAUGGUGCUUUAUUUUGCCGGGGAUUUACAUUAUAGUUGUUGCCACAUUCGUGUAUUUGUUCCUGGUUGUCAGUCCUGAUAAUCUUGGAUUCGAAUUUCCGGAGAAGGAAGUUGAAAUGAGUAUAGAAUCAGUAGCAUUGGUGGCUUCAGAAAAGAGUGAUCUUGACGCUGGGGAGACAUUGGUAGAAUUGGAACAAGAGGGUAAUUCAGUUGCAAUUGGAUUCCUAGAAGCUUGGAGGUUGCCAGGAGUGGCCCCUUUUGCUUUCUCCCUGUUUUUCUCAAAGCUUGUCGCCUAUACUUUCCUUUACUGGUUGCCUUUUUAUAUAAGGCACACAGCCGUUGCUGGCGUGCAUCUGUCUCACAAGAGUGCUGGUAUCUUGUCGACAAUCUUUGAUAUUGGAGGAGUUCUUGGUGGUGUUUCAGCAGGAUUUGUGUCUGACAGACUUGAAGCUCCUGCUGUUAGUUCACUACUAUUCUUGUUCCUUUCGGUGCCAGCCCUUAUUUGCUACCGGACAUAUGGAAGCGUCUCCAUGCUCAUCAAUAUUUUAUUGAUGUUUAUUUCCGGGGUGCUGGUCAAUGGACCUUACUCGCUUAUUACGACAGCAGUGGCCACUGAUCUUGGUACUCAGAGCAUAAUAAAGGGAAGCUCCCGUGCCUUAGCUACUGUAACUGCGAUUAUCGAUGGCACUGGUUCUGUUGGAGCUGCUAUUGGGCCUCUUCUGGCUGGGUAUAUAUCGACUAAAGGAUGGAACAGUGUCUUCUUUAUGCUCAUUGUUUCGAUACUCAUGGCGAGCUUGCUAUUGGUUCACCUUGUUAGGAAUGAGAUUAAGGGAAAACUGAAUGAAGGGAAAUGGCUCUGGUUAAGUUUCAUAACACAUGGAUCAUGAGCUCAUUAGGUUCUUCUGCAACAUGCACAUUCAUUCAGAAUGUAUCAUGACAUCAGUGCAAUUUUUUUCGUCAUUGAUAGAAUGUGAUCCUCCAGUUACCGUAUACCCGUAUAUUUUUUGUAGUGACUGGAAGAUCAUGCCAUACGUCACACAGCAGUUACAUAAGAGAACUCGUGUAUACAAUUUGUUGUACCAUAAAGUUUUGUAUCACUGUUUCUUUGUUGUAUUCACAUAAACAGGAAAGGUGAAAGUUAGCAGUUGUACUCCAUAUUUUCCGACACUAACAUAGAUUUACAAUUCAACUUUGUUUUCAAGUUCCCAGUUACAGAAAUUUGUAUGCAUGUUUGAGACACAUUACAUUUUUUACUAUGUAAAUUUUCAACAGUAAACGUUUCUGUAAAACAAGCUCAUAACUAGUAAACAUAAGAAUGAGAAAUGACAAGAUUGUUUGCAAGGAUACGUCAACUAGGUUUACUCUGGGGCUUGUUACUCUUCAUUUG